AUAAAAGCAGUGAGAUUCGUGUUGCAGACUUCAAAAGGGAGAGGCACAUUUGAGGACAACAGGACUUAAUAGCCAGAGGGAGGAAGAGUCCUAAACUGGUGGUUGGAAAUGCUGAUACAUCGAAACAUACACACUCUGUGGCUUCUGCUACUUCUUCAUGUCUCUGGAAGUGCACUCAAAUUUAACCUGUUCAAGAGGACAUCUGAUGCACAGGAAGGUGAUGUGAGGCUGUUUGGCUCUCAGAGCGCUUCAGAGGGCCGUGUGGAGAUCUACCAUGAUGGGAAAUGGGGAACAGUGUGUGAUGAUGGCUGGGACAUGGCUGAGGCCCAGGUGGUGUGUCGUCAGCUCCACUUCCCUGGAGCCAAAUCUGUUGUCGUAGGGAAGGAGUACGGACAAGCAUCUGGACCUAUUUGGCUGGAUGAUAUCACAUGUAAAGGCACAGAGAACCAUCUGAUUACUUGUGAUUUCAAAGGCUGGGGAGUGACUGACUGCACCCACAAAGAGGAUGUUGGAGUUAUUUGUGACUCAGGCACAAAUGUGACCAUCAAUAAUUCUACACACUCUCUGGACCACAGUAUCAGUCUGUCUGGUGACCUCGGCCAAAUCUUUGACAGUGGGGAUGGCUGCGACUUCCAGAUCACAGUCCAGAGUACCACUGGAAACAAACAGGAGGAUGGAACCUCAGAGAUGCUUGGGACAACGAUCUGUGCACACAAAAUGAUUCUCUCACAAUUCCCACUCUUCAAUACUUCAAAGGGGAUGACUAGUGUCACGGUCAACGUCGACCAGUCUUGCCAACCACAUUUCACCUCCUUCAUUAGGUACCUUUACACCCACAAGAUAGAUGUGACCUUCUCCUCUGUGCAGUGCAUCCAUUCAAUGGCCUCAAAGUUUGGGGUGAAGCAGCUGAUGGAGGACACAGGCCGGCUGUUCACCAAAAUCCUCCCAGAGGACACCUCAUUUCAUACCCAGCUAUCCCUUCACAAAUAUGCAGUGGAAACUGGGGACUUGGUCCUCCAGGAGAACUGUAUCCAGUACCUGGCCUGGAACUACCAAAACCUGACCAGGUCCCCUGCUUGGCCACACCUCCCUGUGGAGGUCAUUGGAGCUCUUUUAGCACGCUCAGACCUGGUGGUGCCAAAUGAAUAUUUUCUGCUUCAGACUGUGGAGAGCUGGAUUCUGGAGAAGGACAACUCAACCAGUUUGGAAACCCAGGCUGACCUGUUGAGCCACAUUCGUUUCCCUAUGAUCCCUGCUGAGACACUGUAUGAGUUGGAGUCCAACUCGUCACUCUACAGCACCCAUAAGAAUAUGUAUCGUGAGAACAUGUUGAAAGCACUUCAGUUUAAUGUUCUGCUCUUCAACAAUCUUCAGACCAACCCAAAUUUCAACAAAGAAGAUGAUGAUUACCAGCCUAGGAUCUACACUUCUGACCCAUGGAGCACUACAGUGGAACGUCCCAAGGACACAGAACCAGUCCGUACCCAUUAUCCAUCUUCAUACAACCGUAGGAGGCAGCAUGGCUAUGGUUAUGGCUAUGACUAUGGUUAUAUUUAUCCCACCGCCAGUCCAUAUAGUCAAGCCGCAACCAAGUCAUUCAGCACACCUGUCCACAACAGCAUGAUCUUUAAGGACAAAAAGAUUCGGUGGGAGGCAAAUGUCUUCAAGAACAAACGUGAGUGUUCAAACAAAGGUCUGACAUGCGAGUCAUUCCCUGUGGCAAGGCUGGCUCCCCAAAACCACCUUUCCCAGAACAACAUCCUCUUUCGUAACCGGCUCCUGAUGAUGUGCCAAGGCAAGUACAUCUGUCAGGUUCAGGACUUCAAAGUCAACCUGGCUCAUAUCGCUGUGAACAGUACCCAGGUUCUGGCCUAUCCUUGUCCUGAUGACCAGUACACCUACCGCUUUGUUGUGAGACCAGCGUAUGUUUGAUCCAGCAGCAUUGCCAGGCUGAAUAUUUCUCAUACCUGAUCAAUUUGACAGCUUAUUAUUCAAUAUAUUGCAAUCAAAUACUUACAAUAUGAUCUUUGUGAAUGAUUUUUUUCUCUGUUGAUUAGCUACAAAUAUAUAACCUGACUGUGCUUUAAUUUGUGUCAAGUAUCCUUUCCUAAACCUUUUUUUUCAUUCAAUUAUAAAUCAAUGGAUAUCAAGA